UCUUCCGUUUCCCCUUGUAUAUUGUUCUCCCGCUUCAGACGCGCGAGGCUGACAGGAAGAAAUCUCCCGGCACCGUCGUCUGACCUUCCACUAACUCAACUCUCUUCUUCUCUGCAAGCAGCUGAAAAUCCAUCUUCGGCAAGGAUCACUGAAGAGAAGAAAGUUUUUUUCGUUCCGGUGGCUCUAUGGCCUAUCAACAGGUGUCCUUGGAGCUCGUCCGGGAUGGACAGUGCACCCCCUGGGGGUUCAGGAUGACAGGGGGAGCGGAUAUAGGGACGCCCCUCGUAAUCCAGAAAAUCACUUUUGGGAGCCCUUCGGAAGGUGAACUUUGCAAAGGAGAUAUUCUUCUGAGGAUUCGGGAUACAGAUGCGUCUCAGCUGUCCCAUCAGAAAGCCACUGACCUUAUCGUGAAGGCCGGCAGCACGCUCAAAUUAGUUGUAGCACGCCCUACUUCACCGGCAGCUUAUUCCUCGCCUACCUCACCUGUGCCCCAAGUCGGCCGCCCCGCCGUCGAUGGCAACGCAUUCCUCUUCAAGCCCCUGCCCACCACAAACUUCGGAAAUCAGCAGCGCCAGAGGCGGUGCUCCACCGAGUCCUACACCAGCACGACGAGCAGUGACACGGAAAAAGAUAACAUCACAAACCAGCCAUACCGUUCAAUACCUCUCAUCCUGCCUGGUGCCAAAGUGACCAAAGACAUCCCAACUGGUUCCUACCUUCGAUUUGAUCCUCUAAGCAGGAGAACGAACACUCCUCCAAAUGUAGGGGGUCGUCUAGGGGAUCCCUUCAUGCUUUCAAAGGUUCAAGAAGCUAUAAUCGAAGCAGCCCACACCUCUUCGAACGUAUCUAGUCCUCGCAGAACUCCGACUCCUGACCUCGGCGUCUACAACGGAAAUCAGAUCGUCCUGAAGCAAUACAACUCUCCUAUUCACAUGUAUUCGAAUCAAGCUAUCGUAGAAACCAUUGCGGAACAGACGAUGGUCAUGAAACACGCAGCUAUCAAUAAUGCUGAAUUAUUGGAAAGGAAGAAACUUGCAAACAUUGAGCAGUCUCCUACAUAUCAACUCAUACAAGAAGAAGAAUUGAGGAAAGGCAAAAUUCAAGAAUGUAGACCUCCCCAGGAGCAUGUGUACAACGUUUUGCCAGGUGAUGGUCGUUGCAAAUCCCCCAUCCACCAAUCGGAGAGCUUCAAAAGUAUCAUGCAUGACUUGAAAGGAGUCUCUGACUUCUAAGUGAAGUCUCGUACUUGUUGCUUAUCAAUCAAUUCGAUAUACUUUGGGGCAAAUUCAAAACCCGAACAGGGAAAAAUUUUAUAUGUGAAAUAAUGCUUCAUCUUUCUUCUGACUUAGAUAAAAACAUUUUGUAUAAGCAUCAGUUCUUCGAGUUAACCAAGAAACUAACAUUUAUAAAAGGUAUUAAUUGUCGGAGAAGAAGUGUUUACAUAUUGUUUGAGAGAAACCGAACUGCUUUUUCUGUGAAAAGAUAGCCAUAUCUGAUUCUUGCGCCAUAAAAACCCAACAGUCACUCGCUCAUUAAGAAAAAGAAAUGCCUUUCUCUUCCCUUUGCCUUUUUGAAAAAGAAACGCGUGAUGUUUUGAUACAUUGUAUUAAAUAAAUAAACAGUAACUAAAAAAUGUGGACUAUAUUAUCAAGAUUUUUGCUUGUAUGUUGAAAUAUUAUAAGGAAAAGAAACAGAUUGCUUUCAAUUUGUAAUGUUUCUCAUUUGAGAACUAAGAAAUAAUAAUUUACUAAUGAUUGUUCCACUUCUGGAUUAAGAAAAGGCCUAUUUUAUAAAUAUAAGAAAUAUAUAAAAUUCUUUUGGUAUCAUUUUUAUUUUGAAAUGAAAGCUUCCAAAUUAACAAGAAACGAUUUGUACCUAGUACAAAAUUAGAAAUAUAAGUAAAACUUUUGUAAACUCUCUUGGUUUUUAGUUUUAAUUCCUGUACCCUUUUACUAAUAAUUAGUAUUAUACGUGCCUUUUUAUAGCAAAUUUAGAGAUAUGUACAUUCAUGCUUCAAAAAGCGCUUAAUUCGUUAUCAAUAUCUUAGAAAUAUUACGAAAUAUUAAUAUUUUUCACUUUUAGAAAUUUAAUAAUAAUAUUUCGAGUCUUUAUAACUACCGUUUGUUUUAUUCUAAUAUAUUUUAUUGUAAAAAAAUAAUUCGCUUGAAUUUUAUUGACGAGGUCAAUAAAAUUUUAGAGAAUCAUUUUUAAUACAAAUGCAAGAAAUUGAUGCCUAAUGAGUAAUAAUAUAAAAGAAAAAACAAAUAUUAUAACAAUUGCCUCCUAAAGAAUUAAUCCUAUCGCGUUUCUGCAAUUUUGCUGUCGUGUUUUUUUCUUGUUAAAACUUAUAAUAGGUGAAUAAUAAUUCACCAUGAUUUUAAGAGAAUAAUUAAUAAAAUAAUGCAUUUGAAUUUUUAAUUCACACUAAUUAAAAUAACAAUUCUUAUUAACAUUUCAUGCUUAACAAUGCAAUAAAACUAAUAUUUUUAAUGACUAAUAUACGUUUUUUAUUUGAAAUUAUUACAAUACGUGAAUGAUAGCUUACUGGAAUUGUAUAUGUAUGAUCAACAAAAU